UAGUAUUCGAUAUUUUACUGUCGUUGCAUUCGUAUCCAAGUUUUUGUAAUUUGUAUAUCUUCUCAGUACUAAAAGUCUUAAAAACUCAAAAAAUAUGGCUACAAGCGCGAGCCCUGUUAAAGUUUCUGGAGCCGAUGCGGAGCUAAACGAAGCUAAACUCAUCUCCAUCUGGGAGGGAAUAACUGAGCUGAUCCUGUGGCGCAACUGGAUAAAGUCGAUGCUUGCAUUCGUAAUCCUACAGACCAUAAUGUAUGAUAUGCUUUCUGAACCAUUUGUGUUCGUGGUGAGCGUAUGGGCUUUGAUAAUCAUGGUCAUAUCAAUGGGGUACCGUUUUUUGGUUCAGUACACUAGUACCCAUAUCCAGAACAACAGCUAUCCGAAAUAUUUUGACAAAGACUUAAGAAUCUCUCAGGAUCUAUCUAAGCAACUGGGCGUUCUAGUUUCAAGCCAAGUUGUUGGGUUUCUCAAUAAUAUACGAGAGAUAUUACUAGUAAAGAGCUUUUCGAAAUCAUUCAAGUGGCUUGGGAUUCUCCUACUAAUUAGCAAAUUUGGAAAGGAGAUUAACAUUCUUAUUGUUGGCCAAUUAGGGCUGUUUCUACUCUUCACAAUUCCCAAAAUGUGUGAAAUGAAUAGACGUUUAUCAAAAAUUGUAGAACUUCCAAAAUUUAAUAAACAAUGUCAAAUUACCAAAGUAAACGCUUCGACCGAGACCCAGAAUGCAAUGGACAUGGAAUCCCUAAAAGAGUGCAACGGGGACACCAUAAAGCUAAUUGAAAAGCAACCAGAAGGUAUGGAUCUCUCACCCGGCUGUGAUACAACCAAGGAGUCCCAGGGUGCUGGCGAUGAUCAUAAAACCUUUAAAGUAAAGGCGGAAAUAGACAGUGAUGAUUUUGAGCGACUUGCCGAUUCCUGGUCCGACGAAGAUACACUUACUGAACAAAAAAAUUAAUACAAGACAAUUCCAACAAUUUAUGUUUAUAUAUUGUGAAGCGUU